AUGCUACUCACAUCCAUUUGCCUUGUGGCGCUCAGCGCAGUUGUUUCUGCGACCUAUCCACUGACACUUCUGUAUCAGUUCCCAAACACUCAGUAUGUCAAUAUCGAGAACAUUGCUGUUCGUGACAACGGGCAGUUGUUGUUGACGCUGCCUACUGGAGCGGCUCUUGUGCAGCUCGACCCUGCCAACCCGGUCCCUGAAGAGCUCAUUCGCCUCGUCGGACCUCAAUCUAUGGUUGGCAUUGCCGAGACUGGGCAUGGUGUCUACACUGUCUCGGCGGGCAACUUCAGCUUUGGCCCACAGGUACCUGGCGGCGUUGCUGGCGUGCCUGGGACGUUUUCCGUCUGGACCAUCGACCUGACUGGAGACACCGCAAGUGCGAGCCUGGUCACCGAGAUCCCCGAAGCCAAUACCUUGAAUGGCGUCACCGCCCUACCUGGCUCCCCAGAUACUGUGCUGAUCGCGGAUUCAGGCCUCGGUGCAGUGUGGCGAGUCAACAUCAAGACAGGGGAAUACUCGACUGCCAUUUCAGUCCCUGAGUUUGCGCCAACUGCGGAUUUUUCCCUCGGCGUCAAUGGAGUAAGAGCGCCACGAAAGGGGUCUCUCUUGUGGACAAACUCUGCUCAGGGUACCUACGGUGUCAUUUACAUCGACGAGAAAGGCAAUGCAGGGGGAGCACCAUUAGUCAUUGCAAACGCACCAAACGGCACCAAUUUCGACGACUUCUCGGUCAAAAAAGGUACAGCUUACAUUGCCACCCAGCCAAAUGCGGUCUACGAAGUCCCAUACGAUGGAGUGCCAAUUCUGAUCGCUGGUGGGGGAGACGAUGAGACCAUUGUCAGUCCAACAUCCACGGCACUAUCGAAAGAUGGCUGCACGCUUUACGUUACAACCGGUGGCGCAGGUGGACCACAGCCAGUGAGUGGCCAAGUGUUCACCAUCGGCCUCUGCGAUGGCAAGAAGGAGAAAAGAUGGAUAGCUUAG